AAAACCGAUGCUGACCGUAGAAGAAGAAAGAGCAGCUAGCUAGCUGUUAGCUUCCCGCUGCUGCAGCUUCUCUGUCUUCAGAUCAUCAUGGUCCAACUGGUGGGCUCCCUCCGUAAAGAGCUGGCGGACUCUCUGUCCAGCUGUAAGGUCCUGGUGGUGGGAGCAGGAGGGAUCGGCUGUGAGCUCCUGAAGAACCUGGUCCUCACCGGCUUCAAGAACAUCGAAGUGAUCGACUUGGACACGAUCGAUGUGAGCAACCUGAACCGUCAGUUCCUCUUCCAGAAGAAACAUGUUGGUAAAUCCAAAGCACAGGUGGCGAAGGAGAGCGCCCUGCUGUUCUGCCCCAGUGCGAACAUCACAGCCUACCACGACAGCAUCAUGAACCCUGAUUACAACGUGGAGUUCUUCAGGAAGUUCAUGCUGGUGAUGAACGCCCUGGAUAACAGAGCUGCUCGGAACCACGUGAACAGGAUGUGUUUGGCUGCUGACAUCCCUCUGAUCGAGAGCGGCACUGCUGGAUACCUGGGACAAGUCACCGUCAUCAAAAAAGGACUGACUGAAUGCUACGAGUGCCAACCCAAACCCACCCAGAAGACCUUCCCAGGCUGUACGAUAAGAAAUACACCGUCUGAGCCCAUUCACUGCAUCGUCUGGGCCAAGUACCUCUUCAACCAGCUGUUUGGAGAAGAAGACGCAGACCAGGAAGUGUCCCCGGACACGGCGGACCCUGAAGCUGCAUGGAACCCUGAAGAGACGGCGGCUCGAGCCACGGCGUCUGAGAAGGAUGGAGAUAUCAAACGGGUUUCCACCAAAGAAUGGGCCAAAUCAACUGGAUACGAUCCGGUUAAACUCUUCAACAAGCUGUUCAAAGAUGACAUCAUGUACCUGCUGACCAUGGACAAGCUGUGGAAGAAGAGGAAAGCCCCGACGCCUCUGGACUGGCAGCAGCUGGAGAGCACAGUGCGUCCUCAGGAGGAGGCUCCAGCUUCAGGCUUGAAGGACCAGAAGGUUCUGGGUGUUUGGGGUUACUGCCAGAUGUUCCAGCAGAGCGUGGAGACCCUCCGCUCACAGCUGCAGGAGAAAGACGAGGGCGCCGAGCUCGUCUGGGACAAGGAUGACCCUCCUGCCAUGGACUUUGUGACGGCAGCAGCAAACCUCCGCAUGCACAUCUUCAGCAUGAACAUGAAGAGCCGCUUUGAUGUGAAGUCGAUGGCAGGAAACAUCAUCCCAGCCAUCGCCACGACCAACGCUGUUAUUGCAGGCCUCAUCGUGUUGGAGGGGCUGAAGAUCCUCUCCGGGGAGCUGGAGUCCUGUCGCACGAUCUUCCUGAACAAGUGUCCAAACCUCAGGAAGAAGCUGCUGGUGCCGUGCAUCCUGGACCCGCCCAGCUCCGGCUGCUACGUUUGUGCCAGCAGGCCUGAAGUCACCGUCAAACUAAACGUCCAGAAAACCACGGUUCUCUGCCUGCAGGACCGGAUCCUGAAGGAGAAGUUUGGGAUGGUCGCUCCAGACGUGCAGAUCGAGGACGGCAAAGGAACCAUCCUCAUCUCGUCAGAAGAAGGAGAGACGGAGGCCAACAACUCCAAAUUCCUGUCUGACUUUGGGAUCCGUAACGGCAGCCGUCUCCAGUCUGACGACUUCCUCCAAGACUACACGCUCCUCAUCAACGUCCUGCACACAGAGGAGCUCGAGCGGGACGUGGAGUUUGAGGUGGUGGGCGAGGCUCCGGACAAGGCUCCGCCCCCUCAGAGUAACCAGGAAGAAGUGAACAACAUCACCAACGGCAACAAAGACUCCGCCCAGCCGUCCACGUCUUCUAAAGCUGCAGCGGAGGACGAUGACGUCAUGAUUGUGGAGUCUGAUGAGGAGGAAGUUGCAUCAUCCAGCUCCACAGCAACCACCGGCACCAAGAGGAAGCAUCCGGACUCAGAGACCGGCGAGUCCUCCAUGAAGCGCCCGCGCACGGACCAAUCAGGAGCAGCUGAUGACGAUGAUAUCAUCGCUCUGGACUAAAAGGCCAGCUCGGUCCGUCUGAUGGACUUAUUUUUAUAUAAAUUCUUGUUCUUUGACUCCAGACAGACAGUAGGAUGAAAUAAAACAAGUGUUUAAUGAAGAACAUUUCCCUCCGCGGUUCAUCUUUCUUCACUUUUCUCUGUUUUCUUUUCUGUUUUUCUGUUUUCACGCUCAUGUUCUGAUGAUACACGGCGCUGUAAAUAGUCUGCAUUCUAGACGUUUUUUAAAAAGUGCUGUUCACUUUUUAUCUGAAGUCGUUUAAGUUCCUCAAAUGCUUCUUGAUGGUUAAAAAGAGCUUUUUUUGUUAUAUUUUUUUAUAAAUGUACUGUAUUUUCAUGCUACACUAGUGAGUGUUUUGUGAAGUUUUUUCUUUUUGUAAAAAAAAAAAAAGAAAACAUUUGUAGAGGAGGUGAACCGACAGAGCUUUGUAGUUCUGGGUUCUGCCUGUAAGAACCGGUACUGGUCGGUCCAGUUCUGCACGGAGCAGCAGGUGGAGAUGGUUUUUGCCAAGAGGUUUUAUUUUCUACCUCUUCUCCAUGAUUGGCGAGUUUUAUUUCUCUAAUCUGUAGCCUGUCUCUCUGAAGAUCAGAACGUUUGUUACUGUGUGGAGCCACAACACGUUCUGUUCGCUUCGUAACAUGUUUCAACGAGAACAAAGAGGAACGUUUGUUAAAAACGGACCCAGAUGGUUCGGUCCAACAUCAGGGAGGGGUUGGACUUCAAUACCAGAAGCACAGUGUGGCAGUUAUUCUCCAAUCUGUGGUUUUCAUCGUUUUCUGUUUAUUUUUUGUUUUUGUUUUUGUUUUCAUCCAACUUGAAAGUUUGUGCAAAACUUUUGGACCAAUUUCAUGAAGACAAUAAAUGCAGCCAAUUCAGAGGA